AUGGUGGUCACCGCUGGAUCGUACAAGGAUUCAACAGGACAAUGGCGAGAAAGGGGAGACACCAGAAGCAGAGCCCAGAAAGCUCUACGAUUGGAAGGCCUGAAAACCUGGCAUGGGCUGGCCGUGAUUGGUCUCAACUUCCUCCAUGGUGACAGAGAAAAAGGUACCCCGCCGUGGCCGGGCUCCCAGGCAACAAUUGCCCAAGAGCAGGCUCUGGUGAGGAUAUGGGAUAUGCUCAAGGUGUUCUUUGAUGACAAGGAGAGAGUAGGAGUGCCCAGGACUCCCCUUCAUGAUUGGGAUCAAGAAAUCAAGGACCUGAGCAUCUCCUACACCGGUGAGGUGGUUGAGAAGGCAAAAUGGGUCACGCUGGAGCAGAUCCUGCCUGGAUUGCCCAGCCCAGCGCAUGGGGGUUUGGUGAACAUCCUGGAGUUGGUUCCCCCGGACAUAGCAGAGGCCCUUCAACACCCUGAACGGCUGAUCCGAGAGGACUGGCCAGAGCAGAUGCCCAAACUGCGGGUCCUUUGUGAGGAUGCGGAGUGGGACAGGGUGGUGGAAGCCCUGUUUCAGCGCAACAUUGUUCAGCCCAUCGACACUUUUGUUCAAGUGGGAGAGGACCACGUGCUGAACGGGGUUUUCGGAGUUCCAAAGGCUGACAAAAAGCUCCCAUCCGGAGAGGAAGUCCUCAGGCUUAUCAUCGAUUUGAGGGCGUCAAAUUGGUUGCUUCACCAGCUGGAUGGGGACACCCAGACUUUGACCGGAGCAGCUAGUUUUCAGCGGAUCAUGGUUUCCGAGGGUGAGGAGCUCCUGGUGAGUGGUGAAGACUUGGUCUCCGCAUUUUACCUUUUUGCUCUGCCGGCAUGUUGGGCCCCCUUCAUGGCGCUUGGCAAGUCAGUGCCUGGCCGGUGCGUGGGUCGCCCGGAGGAGGAGUGGAGCUUUGUGGGCCUGUCAGGUUUGCCGAUGGGCUGGCAUAGCUCAGUAGGUAUCAUGCAGGCGGCCCACAGGCGCAUUGCACUGGGCUCUCCGUUGAGAGGCGGUGCGGGGCUGUCAGGACUGGCUGAGAUCAGUCGUACGGCGGUUUUCCCAGAUUUGGAUGAAGGUGCAGGAUGGUCCAUUUAUUUGGACGACACUACGAUUUUGGAAAAGCUCUCGGCCCAGGCGGUGGCAGACCUUGAGGGAAGGCCUCCGAAGGAGCAAGAACAACUGCGAUGUGCUUAUGAGUGGUGGGGGAUUCCCACCAACCCGCAGAAGGCGCUGGUACGCUGUCAGAAAGCGGAACGCCUAGGGGCGUUGAUCGAUGGAAAAAGAGGAGUCUUGAGGACCACCACAAAACGGAGCUUGGACCUGAUUUCUUUGGGGACCUGGAUCCGCGGGCAAAAGGCCAUAGCCCAUGGGCCUUCGAACUGCCCAGUCACAGAGGAGCUACGUUCGGAGAUGUUCGUGUUGGAGGUCCUCUUGCCCCUCACACAGUGUGAUCUCAAGGCAGCAGUGGAUCCGAUUGUGACGGCUAGUGAUGCCUGUGAAACGGGCGCAGGCGUAUGCUACGCAUCGAGGUUGACCCGCGCAGGAGAAGAAGAAGUGAAGCAGAUCCUGGAGACUGGGGAGGUCCAAGGGCGCACCGCAGUGGCUGAUCCAACCCAGCUGGGUGAGGAAGAAAAGGUGCUGAUCAUUGACCUGUUCGCAGGUAUCGGCGGGUUGACACUUUCCCUCGAAAAGGCGGGGGUCCACUGGUGCCACUUAGGCAUUGUGGAGAAAGAUCCAGAUUGCAGGCGCCUUUUGCGCCGGACCUACCCAGGAGCAACCUUCCACAGCGAUAUGACACGAUUUGGCAAGAAGGAGAUUAGCGACCUGAUCAAAAAGGUGCCAGGAAUCACCGGCGUAGUGGUGGGGGGAGGGAGCCCUUGCCAGGGACUCUCCCGCCUGACAAGCAAAAGGCGCCAUUUUGAUGAUGAGAGGUCGAGCCUUUUCUUUGAGGCCAGCCGGAUUUUCCGAGAGGUGGAUGAGGUGGCGGCCGAAAAGAAGCUGUGGGUGUUGAAGAUGCUCGAGAACGUGGUCGCCGACCCGGCGGACAUCAGAGAAAUGUCUAGGGAGCUGAAAAUGUACCCUCCCUACACAUACAAAGAUGAGUACAUGGUCCUCACUCCGGAAUGCGUCCUGAGGCCGCUGGUGGCUGAAGAAAGAGAGAUCUUGAUGGGGUAUCAACCUGGUCACACAAGCCGACUUUUGAAGAAGCCACCUUCCAGUGAGGGAGAACGCCGGGCCGCAGAGGACAUGCAGUGCUCGGCCAUUGGAAAUUCGUUUCACACAAACAGCGUGGCGUGCCUCCUUGAUCACGCCCUGGCCACAAUGGGCCUGAAAACCAGGAAAGGCGCCGAAGAGAUUGUCCAGUCAUCCAUGGCCAGGCAGGCUACAAGGUGCCAAGCCACUGAGCCCCCUCUGGUCGAGGACAGUGAGCAGAGUCAACUAGGCCGGGAGGAUGAUAGUAUCAGUGUGGGAGGUGCCUUGAAAGCAGAAGAGAUGGAAAGGAGAGGCCGCAGCGCAAAGUUGCUUGCGGAUGAACUGCAUGAUGAAAAGAAGCUGAGCAGCUUGUUGGUAUCGGCUUACGUGAGACGCCAGGAGUUCCGGGGGUCUGAUGUGCGGUUGGACAUCAGUGCCCUUUACAGGCCGGACUCCUUCCCGAGAGGCUCAUCCACUGAGCCCCACCGGUGGAUUUGGCAUCGGUCCCAUUCCUUCCCAUUUAAGGGAGGAGAUCACAUCAACGUGCUGGAGCUUCGUGCCCUAGUACACACCUUUGAAUGGAGGCUCAGGAAUCAUGCCUUCGGAGGCUGCCGCGCCCUUCACUUGACAGAUUCGCAAGUGGCAUUGGCGGUUUCCACCAAGGGUCGCUCCAGUUCCCAGUCGCUGAACCGCAUCCUUCGAAAGUUCGCUGCGCUGCAAAUUGCAGGCGGCGUUUGGCCACUGCUGGCCUACGUCGAAAGUGCCAAGAACCCGGCCGACGGGCCGAGCCGAGAAUAUGAGAAGUUUCACCAGCUGGGCCCUGCGUUUGGACUGCCCCCUUUACCAGUUUUCGAUGACAUGGUGGCUGAGUAUGUUGAGCACCUCUGGGAAGAAGGCGAAUUGCUGCAGAUCAAAGCUCAGGAUGUGGUCAUCGGAGGAGGGGCGUCAAGCGCCUAUCGAGCUGGAUCCAGUUUGGAUCAGCUUGUCACUCAGGGCCGUUGGCAGCAUGUUGCCACUGCCCGUGUUUACCUCGACACGGGGUUACAGGUCUACCAUCAGAUGGAGGCCUUUAGUGGCCUAGAAAGGGCCAGAAUGCUGCUACUAUUGGCUCACAUCAAUCACAACAAGCCCUGGUCUGAGACGAUGAAAACUGGAUGGGUCAGCUGGGGUACUGUAACUGGGGUAAAAAAGGAUUCCAAGGACUCCAAGGAUGCAAGCACUGAGCAGUGGGCGGCCUCUGCCCGGCGGCUCUUUGCCGAGCUGGGCGAGAGUCGUCUCGAGGCGGUCCCCGGGAUGCGCAAGGUGGACCCUCAGUUGCAGGCGGUGCGCGCCGCGGCGCAGCAGCGGUUCCUGGCACAGAAGGCCAGCGCGGCGCCGCAGGCGCCGCAGGCGCCUGGGGAGGCUGCGGUUGCACCUAGCCCACCGAGCGGACCCAGCUCCACGUUGCCGCCGCAUUUGGCGCACCUGACGCCGGAGCAGCUCAACGCGCCCAUCGGGUCCCUGCUGUCGGAUGCUCCGCCGGAGUAUCGAGCAGCCAAGAAGCCACGCGUCGCGGAUCCCAAUGCCAUCGUCAUCUCAAAGGACCGGACCGCCGAGAUCGCCACGGCGUUGGCACAGCCGGCGCCAACAGAACUGCGAAUCCUCACGUGGAAUAUCGAUGGCUUAGAUGAAGUUGGUGGAGGUCAAGCCCUGGCCCAGCGCAUGCUGAGCAUCGCCCGCGACAUCGCGCGGCAUCGCCCCCUGGCGGCGCUGUUGCAGGAGGUCAUCCCGCCAGCGCUGGAGUUGCUCUCUUCCGACAAAGUUCUGGGCUCCGCCUACGAGGUGGUGGUGCCCCAGAACCCGCCGCUGCCGUACUAUGUGGCCAUCCUGCUGGAUAAGAAACGGCUGAGACGCCUGGGGGAGCCCCAGACCCUGCCCUUCAGCAGCAGCCAGAUGGGUCGGCAGCUACUUGCCGUGACCGUGGAGCUGGUUGGGGGGGAUGCUGGGCCACUACUGCUGGCCACGGCACAUUUGGAGAGCACGAAGGACCAUGCUACCGAACGGAAACGUCAGCUGUUGCAGUCCUUGCGGCAUUUACGGCAAGCGGUGUGUAAGACACCCAGGGCGGUGAGUGCUGCUCUACUGGGUGGAGACUUGAACAUUCGAGAUGAAGAGGUCAAGGCUGUCCACAAGGACCUGGGCGACGAGGCCCAUGGCUUUGCAGAUCUUUGGAGCUUCUGCGGUGCGCCGGAAGCGGAACGCUGGACCUGGGAUACCACACAGAACAGCAAUGUGGGCGCGAACUUCGCAUGCAAGACGCGCUUUGAUCGGAUCCUCUUCAUCAGUCCAGGCGUCUCGGACGCGCCGGGCGUGGCCGGCCUGGCCGCCGCCAAGGCCAAGGCCAAAGCCAAAGCCUCGCCGCAUGCGACGGCGACCUCGAGCGGCGAGGGGUGGCGACCUCGAAGCAUCCGACUGCUGGGGAAGGAAAAGGUGGCAGGUUUAGGCCGCUUUCCCUCGGACCACUGGGGUCUCUUGACUGAAUGGACCUGUGGCUCCUCGGCACCCGCGUCCGCACCGGAGAAAGCCGCGAAACCAGCGCUGGGCUUUGCCAAUCUGAACAGCAGUGGGGCAGUCAUCAAGCAACAUGGGAACCCGAUCAAUGCCGUGAACGAGACAAAGCAGCUCGUGGAUGCGGCACUGCCACUCUUGCGCGCAGCGGGGCCAGCGGGGGAUGUGGUCGGAGAAGCGGUGGCCAUGCAUGGCUUGGCGUGCGCUAGAGCCCUCAGCGGGUUUUACGAGGGGGCAGCCGAUGCUGGUCGCGAAGCCUUGCAGUUGUUUCGCAAGGCCAAAAGACGGCGCCAGGAAGCAUUUGAAUUGCAGUGUUUGGCCGUUUGGAGCUUGGCUAUGGAGGAUUGGCAGGCUUCUCGCGAUGCAGCUGAGGAAGCCAUGGCGAUAUACCUGGAGGAACCAGGCACAAGCUCCAGGCAAGCGGCCGUGCUGGUGGUCUUGACGAAAGCCUGUGUGGUGUGUCAGGACUUCCAGCGCGCCAUUGAAGGGGCCUUCGUUGCCCUCGAGCGUUUUGAAGUGGCGGGAGAUCCAGACGCCCAGGCAGUUGCCAUGGAGAUGCUGGCGCUGGGAUUUUUGCAGAGUGGUGAUUUUUCACAGGCGGAGCCGCGGAGCAGCUGCCCACGGGCAGCCAAAUUUGCUGAGCAAGAGGCGAGGGGACAUGAUGGGAUCGAAGGCUGCCCUUCUGAUGUCACUUGGGAACAAGCCGGCAUGCGCCAGGGUGUGACUCGGACGCGGCAGUUGAAGGAGACGGUGUCAGACCUGGUGGAAGGCAACAACUUGGAUGAGAUGCGGCAGAAGAAGGUUGAGCUGGAGGGCUCUCUCCAGGACCUAAACCUGGACCGCAUCAGCCUUUUGGACCAGAUUCAACAGUUAGCAGAUGCGAUCACCAAAAUGGAGGAAAAGAACAAGAAGAAGCAGGCAAAGUCAGGUGAGUGUGGUGAGCCUGGUGAGAAGCAGGGCAACGUGGCGAUGCUGGAUGCAAAGGAGGUGGCAGCAACGGUUCCAGCUGGUGAAUCUCAUGCUGAGGGCUGA